AUGCUGAUCCCCCUGUCUCUUCUUUUCAACAGAAACCUGAGCCACAACAAGUUGUCAGAGAUUGAUCCUUCUGCCUUCUCUGGGCUGCCAAACCUCCGGGAGGUGCGACUGAGUAACAAUGAACUGACAGCCAUUCCAUCCCUGGGAGCGGCAUCUGCCAACAUCACAUCCCUGUACCUGAAUCACAAUAGGAUCAAUAGUAUCCAGGCGAGGGAACUGGAGCCCUAUAUUGCUUUGGAAACGUUGGACCUUAGCUCAAAUAACAUCACAGAAAUCCGAAGCGGCUGUUUCCCACUGGGGCUUCAUAUAAAGGAUCUCUACCUGGGGAGCAACCGAAUCAGCACCCUGGAGACCAAGGCUUUUGAUAGCCUGUCACGAUCCCUGCUAACGCUUCGCCUGAGUAAAAACAGGAUCACCCAGCUUCCUGUUAAGGCAUUCAAGCUGUCCAAGCUAACGCAACUGGAGUUAAACCGUAAUCGCAUCCGCCUGAUCGAAGGCCUGACAUUCAAGGGACUGGACAGCUUAGAAGUCCUGAAGCUGCAGCGCAACAGCAUAAGCAGACUGACCGAUGGAGCCUUCUGGGGUUUGGCCAAAAUGCAAGUCCUGCAUCUGGAACAUAACAUCCUGACUGAAGUUAACAGUGGCUCCCUGUACGGUCUGUCUUCUCUUCAGCAAUUUCAUCUGAGUAACAACUUGAUAUCCCAUAUCAAACCUGAUGGCUGGAACUUCUGCCAAAAGCUACAUCAGCUGUCACUAUCAUUUAACAAUCUAACCAGACUGGAUGAAGGGAGUCUGGCAGACCUGGGCGGGCUUCAGAUUUUACACCUCAGCCACAACUCCAUCAGCCACAUCACCGAGGGAGCAUUCAAGGGACUCAAAAGCUUGCGAAUUCUGGAUCUGGACCAUAAUGAGAUUUCAGGCACAAUAGAAGACACCAGUGGGGCUUUUACAGGUCUGGAAAACCUAAGCAAGCUGACUCUGUUUGGAAACAAGAUCAAGUCUGUGGCCAAGGAGGCGUUCUCAGGCUUGGAGGCCCUGGAACACCUUAACCUUGGAGAUAAUGCAAUCCGGUCUGUUCAAGCAGAUGCCUUUGCCAGACUGAAGAGCCUGAAGGAGCUCCACAUCAACAGUGAGAGCUUCCUGUGUGAUUGUCAUCUCAAAUGGCUGCCGCAGUGGUUAACCAGGAAGGAACUGCAGCCACUCGUGCUAGCCACCUGCGCCCACCCGGAGUCAUUAAAGGGCAGAAGCAUUUUCGAUGUGGUGCCAGAAGGUUUUGUAUGUGAGGAUUUCCCCAAACCCCAGAUCAUAGUUCAGCCAGAAACGACAGUAGCCGUCCUGGGCAAGAACAUCCGCUUCACCUGCUCGGCAGCCAGCAGCAGCAGUUCGCCUAUGACCUUCGCCUGGAAGAAGGACAACGAAAUACUGCACCACGCGGAGAUGGAGAAUUUUGCCCACGUCCGGGCCAGGGAUGACAUGGUGACGGAAUACACCACUGUUCUGCUCUUGCGCCACGUCACUUUCACCCACAAGGGACACUACCAGUGCAUCAUCACCAACCACUUUGGCUCUACCUACUCUCAUAAAGCACUACUGACUGUCAAUGUGUUGCCAUCGUUCAUCAAAACCCCUCAUGACAUUACGGCCCGGACGGGGACAACAGCUCGGCUGGAGUGUGCUGCCGGUGGCUUCCCUACCCCACAAAUUGCCUGGCAGAAAGAUGGCGGCACCGACUUCCCUGCGGCUCGUGAGCGUCGGAUGCACGUCAUGCCGGAUGACGAUGUCUUCUUCAUCACCGACGUGAAGAUAGAGGACAUGGGCGUUUACAGCUGCACUGCUCAGAACUCUGCGGGUUCGGUGUCCGCAAACGCCACGCUGACUGUGCUAGAGACACCAAGCUUAGUUCACCCACUGGAAGACCGCGUUGUCUCUGUGGGCGAAACUGUGGUCUUGCAGUGCAAAGCGACCGGAAGCCCGCCUCCCCGCAUCACCUGGCUGAAGGGCGACCAGCCUCUGAUAGUCACUGAAAGGCAUCACUUCACACCUGGCGACCAACUGCUCAUUGUCCGGAAUGUAGUGAUGGAGGAUGAUGGGAAGUACACUUGUGAAAUAUCCAACAUUGUCGGAACUGAGCGGGCGCACAGCCAAGUCAAUGUGCUGCCGACGCUUGGCUGCCGGAAGGACGGGACCACGGUUGGGAUCAUCACCAUUGCGGUAGUCUGCAGCAUCGUCUUGACUUCUCUGGUCUGGGUAUGCAUAAUCUAUCAGACCAGAAAGAAGAGUGAAGAAUACAGCGUAACAAACACAGAUGAGACCAUUGUACCACCUGAUGUGCCAAGCUAUCUGUCCUCCCAAGGAACACUUUCAGACAGACAGGAAGCAGUGGUCCAAGUGGAGAAUGGCCAACAGCCCAAUGGGCAUAUACAAAGCAAUGGUAUUUGUCAGACUGACGCAGAGAAGAGUCCGAUGGUUGAUGAGGCUUCCCCUCUUGUUUAUCAGCAGCCAAAACUAUACCUUGGAUAUAAUAAAGAAACUUGGAAAGCAGACAAUGUAGCUAAUGGGAUGCUUGCUACAGACAAGACAGGGUACAGCUUGCCAGUUGUAUGCACCGACUGCAGCGGGAGCACCGAUAACACGAGCGUCACCAUUUAUCCCAAGGAUCCCUAUUAUUAUCCUCCAGCUGUGGAGAACGUACAUCCAAAUCCAUCCAGUAGCCAGGACUCCAAGAGGCAUGACGACAGCAUGCCUGCUGCUAGCUGUCAAAGUCCUCCAAAGUGCAAUGGGAGCGUCAGCAACAGUGACAGCCCGUCAGAGGUCAGAGGGACCAUCUACCCUAGUAACCACGACAGAAUGCCAGCCACUAGCCCAAGUAAACUGCUUCAGGAGGAGAGCAAAGGUCCUUCACAACCUUUAUCGAAGUCUUCUGAGUCUCACAACAUUCUGCCGCCUUUCGAAGACUCAGUCAGGCUCUCUGUUAGGACAGCUGAACUAUCGCAGACGUUACCAGCAGUGGAAGCUAAACAAACUCUUCUUCUCAAUGGACACUUACCAAGGUCAUGUGACUCCCUUCACGAGUUCAGCCACUGAAGAUCACGAUGGACAG